AUGAAUGAGACUGAUUUAUUGAGAUGUAAAAGAGAGCAAUUUCACACAGAAAUCAGAAGAAAUCACUUAGAAAAGAUAUUCAAUGUCAAAAGAAAAGUAUCAAAUUCCGAUGCCCAGAUUUCUGCUUAUUACACUUAGUAAAUGCAUCACAUGGGGAAAAUUAAAUUACUAGAUCUACUACUCCUAAUUAAUGAAAAAGUCAAUAAACCUGUAGUUGAAAUGGUUUAAAAUGACCUUGGUCUUCAGCUGAGUAAGUUGCUUAAUUUAAAUGAACUCUAUUCUAAUUGGGAUUUAUUCAAAAACAUAUUGAACUAUCUACACAUUUUAGUGCAAUUGCCAGACGAGCAUUUGCAAAACUACCCAAAAUUUAACGAGAUGUUAAUAUCAUUUAGUUAGCUAUUCAUCCUUUUGGAAGCUGAUAUUUUUCGAAAAGGUUUUUGCAUAAAGGGGAACGAUCAGAACUAUCCAUUAGAAGCAGGUUAUGAUGAUAUAUCUCGAUUGUCAUAUGCCUUUAUUAAGAUUGAUUAAAUCCUAAUGUAUUCAUCAACUACAUUUUAAUCAAGAGGAGAACUAUUGCGAAAUAAAUUGUUUGUGCAUAAUCUCUGUCAUGCUUUCCAUAUCCAAAUGGAUAAUAGUGUGCUUGAAUUACAUUUAUAACUGAUAACAUCUUUGCUACAGGACUUGUACAAAUAGGAUAAUGAUUGUCGAAAACAUGCAGAAGUGUUCCUUAAACCCAUUUGCAGUGCAUUGUCUACUAAAAAUUUGGAUAAGCUAAAUUAUCUAUUAUAAAUAUUGCUCAAUUUGGCCUUUGUGGGAAUGCAUAAUGGAUAUGACUAGAUUAAUUCAAUAUUUAAAUUCAACGGAGCCCUGGAAUUGAUGUAAAUCUUGAAUGAAGGCUUGAAUGAUUAAUUGACUUUGAGAAUUCUGGCUGAAAUUGCUUAACAAAGUCCAGCCCAUAUUGAGAUUUUGAUAAAAAAUGGAUUGCUUCAAUAAUUGAAAUUGAAACUAUGUUCGAAUAAUAAAUUGGUUUUGAAUUAGGCUUUAUGGGUCUUAGAAUUCUGCAUAUGUGGAGCAAAACAGUUUUACGAUGUCAUAUUUGCAUAAAUUGACAUUACAAAUUAUGUUAUCCAAUUACUGAACUCCCCCGAUGAGUUGAUACAUGUUUAAGCUUGUUUUACUUUGUGUGCUUAUCUUUAGAAAGGUAACUUUUAGUAAACUCAAUAAUUGUGUUAAUCGAAAAUACAUCUAAAAGUAUUUUAAUUUUUGCAAUUGAAAAAUGUGGAAUUGAAUUAGGCUAUCCUUGAAGCGAUUAUUGAGAUAUUGAACAAGGAAACGUGGUAGAGUAGUCAAUAUUCAUUGAUAUCGUCAUAAGAGAGGGAGAAUUUACGUUUUGUUUUGGAGAGACUCGAUGAAGACCAAUCUAUUUUUUCAAUGAUAAAUAAUUUAUUGUCAUAUUUAUGA